GACACCAGCAGCUCUGUGUCCCCAGCAAACCCCACUUUUUACCAUUCUCUCUAUGGUUAGCUUUGGUUCUGCAAGUAAAAGUGGUUCCUGUGUCGUGCUUGGUGCUUCCUAGCCCUGUGAUGACAUUCAGUGGUAGUGCAUGAGAGUUUAAUUCCGUUCAUCCGCUCCAGACUUUUCUUUUCCAGCGUUUGGCACCACGUGCUGGUGGAAGAAGCCGUAGGGAGGGAACAGAGGCGAUUCUGAAAGCAAAGAGAGCUCCUGAGAUGCCUUAGACGUGCCUGAAAUGCCUCCUGCCACAGGGCAGGUGCCAGCCCGGGUGCAGGGCGAGCCAGAAAUCCGAAAAUCAAAGUCGACCGCUUCUUUCCGGGUCUUUCCUUUCUCCUACACCUCUGUGCCUCUGCUCUCCUCGCUUGGUCCUGCUCUUUUCCCAGUUCCUGGUAGCACUUCCUUCCCUUGGGGCUGGUCUGGAAUGUUGCUGGGAUGCUGCUCAGUGGUGGGAUGCUGCUUCAGGGUGGGAUUCUGCUCCGUGGUGGGAUGCUGCUCCUCCAUGGAAUGCUGCUCCUUGGUGGGAUACAGCCCCAUGGUGGAGUUUGCUACUUAUACCCCCAUUUGCUACUCCAAAAUGGGAUGCUGCACCUCCAUGGACUGCUGCUUCUCCAUGGACUGCUGCUUCUCCAUGGAAUGCUGCUCCAUGGUGGGAUUCUGCUCCGUGGUGGAAUGCUACUCCAAAAUGGGAUGCCGCAUCCUCCAUGGUGGGAUACAGCCCCACAGUGGAAUGCUGCUCCAAAAUGGGAUUCUGCUCCAUGGUGGGAUGCUGCUCCUCCAUGGGAUGCUGCUCCACCAUGGAAUGUUGCUCCUCCAUGGACUGCUUCUCCAUGGUGGGAUUCUGUUCCUCCAUGAAAUGCUACUCCAUGGUGAGAUUCUGCUUCAUGGUGGGAUGCUGCUCCUCCAUGGAAUGCUGCUCCACCAUGGGAUGCUUCUCCUCCAUGGAAUGUUGCUCCUCCAUGGGAUGCUGCUCCAUGGUGGGAUGCUCCUCCUCCAUGGGAUGCUGUCCCACCAUGGGAUGCUGCCCUACAUUGGGAUGUUCCUGCCCCUUCCUGCCCCCACCUCCCCUCCCAUUCCCACUGUCCCCUCCCCACGUUGGGAAGGGCCAGGGGAGCAGCCCUGGGAGCUGUGGGGCUGCCCCUUCCCAGAGGUGCCUGAUUCCCUGUUUACACACGGCCUGGGCUCCUGCCAGGCUGGGCAGUGAUUCCCAGGUCUGCUUCAUCUGCUCCCAGCUCUCGGGGGACACAUGCCACCUUUCUGGGCUCCUCCUCGGGCCCAUGCUUCUGUGGAUGUGGCUUGUCUCUCCUUUCUGCUGCUAAACACCUCCUGGCUUUCCCCUGCUCAUCUGUCCUUUGGGAAACUUUGGGAACCAUCCCUUUGGGAACCAUCCCUUUGGGAACCAUCAUUUUGGGAACCAUCCCUUUGGGAACCAUCCCUUUGGGAACCAUCCCUUUGGGAACCAUCACUUUGGGAAUCAUCCCUUUGGAAACCAUCCCUUUGGGAAUUAUCCCUUUGGGAACCAUCCCUUUGGGAACCAUCACUUUGGGAAUCAUCCCUUUGGGAACCAUCACUUUGGGAAUCAUCCCUUUGGGAACCAUCCCUUUGGGAAUUAUCCCUUUGGGAACCAUCCCUUUGGGCACCAUCACUUUGGGAACCAUCCCUUUGGGAAUCAUCCCUUUGGGAACCAUCACUUUGGGAAUCAUAAUGUGGGGAUUUAUGUACAAAAUGAGCUGGGGGUCACAAAGGGGUUUUUAGGGGUCUGUGGUGACAACCC